AUCAUUUAAUUAAACGACUCAAAUUAUCUCAUUGAUAAUUUUUUGAGUAAAAUUAUUGAUUGCCUACUUCAUCUAUUUACUUUUCUCUUUAUCUAGCUAAUUAAGCCAUAGCCAUGGGAGUCAAGGUUUACGGGAUCCCUCACUCAACCGCCACUCUUCGAGUUUUAGCCGCGAUUCAUGAGAAGGAGCUUGAGUACGAAUUGGUCCCCGUCGACUUGAGAUCCGGUGCUCACAAGCAAGAACCUUUUAUUUCCAUCAACCCAUUUGGACAAAUUCCAGCUUUUGAAGAUGGAGAUCUAACGCUAUUUGAAUCAAGGGCAAUAACAAAAUAUAUUGCAUACACCAACGAAGGCAAAGGAACCUCGCUUAUAUCAAAACAAGGAAAGGAAAUGGCUAACUUAGCCGUGUGGAUGGAGGUCGAGGCUCACCAAUUUGAUCCAGUGUCUACCAAACUAUCAUGGGAGCUAGUUUACAAGGGUUUUUUCGGUAUGGAAAUUGACAAUGCUGUUGUCGAGGAGAACGAGGCUAAGUUGGCUAAGGUCCUUGAUGUUUAUGAGGUACGUUUGGCCAAGUCCAAGUACCUAGCUGGUGACUCGUUCACUUUAGCUGAUCUUCAUCACUUGCCUGGAUUUCAAUACUUAAAUGGUACAAAAGUGAAGCAUUUGUUUGAUGAACGUCCUCAUGUGAGUGCUUGGUGCAAGGAUAUCUUAGCUAGACCUGCUUGGGAAAAGGUUAUGGCUUUGCAGAAACAAGCUUGAAAUGUAUGAUUAAUGUUAUCGCGAUUUUAACUACUCUUUCCCUAAUGUACGUGAUAAUUAUUGUAAUGUGUACCAUGUUAAAUUGUAUGCUUGGUGUGUUACUUUAUGUGAGAUUUUGUUCUUUAUUUUUUUUUUCUUGGUAAUGGCGUCGAAAAUAAAAAUGUUGACCCUAAAUGAAAGUUUUGUGCAUUAUAAUCAUGUACUGUAUUAGGAGAAUGCAUCCUACACAAAGGUCUUGUUAUUUGAGUACUUAUAUUACAAUACUUUUAGUUGUUUGUUUUGA